AUGGGGAUACUCUAUUCAGAGCCCAUUUGCCAGGCGGCUUAUAAUAAUGAUUUCAAUAGAGUUCAGCUCCUUCUGGAGAACAACAGCAACUAUCUGAACAUCCAGGACAGAUUUGGUGGAGACACACCCUUAAUUUGUGCAUGCAAGCGGGGUAACAACAGAAUAGUUAGCUAUCUUCUACAAAGAAAUGCAGAUGUCAACCUCAGAAACAAGAAGGAGCGCACUUGUCUACAUUAUGCUGUGAGAAAACGUUUUAAUUUCCUUGACUACCUGCUCAUCAUCAUUCUCAUGCCAGUUAUGCUCAUUGGAUAUCUUCUCAUGGUCUCAAAGACUAAGCAGAAUGAAAACCUAAUCAAGAUGUUGCUGAGAGCUGGUGCUGAUGUUAAUGCUGCAGACGUUUCUGGUAGAACAGCCCUUCACUAUGCUUGUGAAAUGAAAAACCAGGCAGUCAUUUUUCUACUGCUUGAAGCUCAUGCAGACCCUUCUGUUAAGAAUCAGGAGGGGGAGACUCCCUUGGAUAUAGCAAGAAGAUUACAAUUCAGCAACAUCGAAAGCAUGCUAAAGAAAACUUCCUAA